UUUUUCGUUAUGAGGGGAAUACGGAGAACGUUUUAAUCCCAACAUCGCUCCGUCUCCGACGAAUAGAGUGAGAAAUUUCUCGGCUAUGGCGGAAGAAGGCGAGGAGACGAAGCCCCAAGGCGGCGAAGAGCCCCCCAAGUCGGCGGAGGAGAACGCCGGGGAGUCCAAGGCGGGGGCGGCGGGCAUCUUGCCCUCCGUCGCCCUCAACGUCUGGCCCCCCUCGCAGCGGACGCGGGAGGCGGUGAUCCAGCGCCUCGUCCAGACCCUCUCCACCGAGUCCGUCCUCUCCAAGCGCUACGGCGUCCUUUCCCCCUCCGACGCCUCCGAUGCCGCCCGCCGGAUCGAGGAGGAGGCCUUCGCCACCGCCUCUGCCUCCUCCGCACCCAUCGCCGCCUCCGUGGACGACGGGAUUAAAACCCUCCAGAUCUACUCCGAGGAGAUUAGCCAACGGAUGCUCGAGACCGUCAAGGCGAAGGCGUCCUCGGUAUCCAGGUCCAGCCCUGCGACCACCCCUCCUCCGUCCGAUGGCGGCGCCACCGUGGAGAACGCUCUCCCCACCGCCGCUGGUGGGGAAAGCUCCGCUUCUUCGUCUGCUUGACUGCAUCUUUCUUUAGAAUAAUAUGAUGAUAUAUCCUCUUGUUCCAGAAUCUUGAUCUGGAUGAAAUGGAUCAUGCGUUGGUUGAGGGUUUUGUUGUCUGCUGUGUUUUCUUGAAGCGGGAUCAGUCUUUCGAUAUAUCUUUUAAAGAUUGGACCAGAUAGUUUGUUGUUGUUGUUGUUUGGUAUAUGAUGAUCUGUGGGAUAUGGUACUUGGUAUAUGAUCUUUUCGAGGUUUUGGAAUGUUGUAUGAUUGCUUUGUUAUAUUUGCCCCUCUGAUUCUAAUAGAAAUCUCAAAGUACUUCAGAGGAUUUGUUUUCUUGGAA